AUGGAGAUUGCGUCACUGAAUGAAACUGCUGUGAACAGCAACAUGCACGGCGUCGCUAUGGACAGCGCCAACCGCACCUAUAUGCCUUAUUACCUGCAUUCCACCGGCAUGGCCAUCAGCUACAUCCUAUGCUAUGUGGUGGUUCUCCUGCUCUGUGUCGGGGGGAACGUGCUAGUCUCCCUGGUGGUCCUCCGGAACCGCAACAUGCGCUCUGUCACUAACCUCUUCAUCCUCAACUUGGCCAUCAGUGACCUGCUCAUUGGAGUGUUCUGUGUUCCAACGACUUUGAUUGACAGCCUGAUAUCAGGAUGGCCAUUUGGCCAGAUUACAUGCACCAUGAGUAACCUGGUCCAGGGGAUGUCAGUGUCAGCAUCCGUCUUCACUCUGGUGGCCAUAGCUGUUGACAGGUUCACAGGUAUUGUGUACCCCUUUAGACAUCGGAUAAGGCCUGUGACUGCUCUCCUCACCAUCCUCUUCAUCUGGGUGCUGGCGUUUGCUGUCAUCUGCCCCUCGGCCGCCAACCUGACUGUCAUCCAGCUGGAGGACACCUACAUGCUCCAGGACAACCAGACCUACCCUGUCUUUGUCUGCUUCGAGAACUGGCCCCGACCCGAGAUGCGUCGGGUCUACACCAUGGUCAUCUUUGUGCACGUGUACCUGGCCCCCCUGGGCAUCAUCAGCAUAAUGUAUGGCUGCAUCGCUGCCAAGCUCUCUAUCAACCUGAGGCAGGUGAGGCUGGCAAAAGUGCGAAGGGCCCGCUCCCAACGCCGUGUUAAAGUGAUCAAGAUGCUGACCAUGGUGGCUGUGCUCUUCAUGGUGUCAUGGCUACCUCUGUGGACGUUAAUGCUGCUGACUGACUAUAGGGAUCUGGACACGCAGCAGAUUGACUUCCUCAGCAGCUACCUAUUCCCUGUGGCCCACUGGCUGGCCUUCUUUAACAGUGGGAUUAACCCCAUCAUCUAUGGCUUCUUCAAUGAGAACUUCCGCAGGGGGUUCCAGGCUGCAGUGGCCUGCAGGCCCUGUUCACAAACAAUAACAACAGUUGUGGUUAAUACACGCUUCAACUUCCCGCCUCCUAACAGAGUAUUCAAUGAUAACCCUGAGUCAUCUGGUGGGAAGAAAGGCCACUGCUCCAAGGCCACUCCCAAGAUUAUCCCACAUGUAACCCAUGGAAUCGUCCUGGAUGACAGGAAUGUUGCACCCAACAGGGUGAUUGGUGCCUGGGUGGAGUGACUGUAAUUAGGGCUAUGACGAUUAUGGAAUUUUGGGCAACGAUUGUCAUGCAAAUUGUCAUGUUUUUUUUGUCAUAACAGUUACAGGCGGGGUUCUACUAAGCUAACGCAUAUAAUUGUUUUAAGAUGUCAUACCGUAGAUC